CGCGCCCCCUUUCUCCGCACAUAGGCGUUCCGGAGCGCAUCACAUGAUUUGAGUCUUGUGACAAUCCAGACAGAAAGGGAAAACGAGUUCCGAGUUUACAACUGUUUUUUUGUGUGCUCUAGAAUGAUUGGAGAGGUUCUUUUGACAAAAAAUGACAUAAUGAGGUGAUAAGAUGGCGAUAUUUUAGACAUUUCCCUCUUUUUUAAAUAAGCAUCCUCCCUUUAGACUGAACAGUCCGCGAGUGUUUCGGGUGGUGCAGUCAGGGACAAAGUUGGCACAUGGAGAGAGGCGAUAACUUAAAUUUUUGCGCGUCGUGUUUUCUUCGUUUUUUUUUACCCAUCCGUGCCUGCAAAAGUCGUAUGACUCGAGGCAACACCGACUAAGUAAAUCCAAUUUGUGUGGGAAGAAGAGGGCCAGCCAAGGCAAAGAAAGACAAAGAUAACUUGAGGACGCAACAGAUAUGGACAGCAAACCUCUUCUCCAAGACCGUCCUCCCGCUUAUGCUAACGUCGUCCCGGGGGCGUAUGAAUAUGGCCAGCAGCACAAUUAUGGAGCUAUCCCCGCCCCAACCCCUGCACCCCCGGGCUUUCAACAGCCGCCGCCAUAUCAGUACCCCACUGGCCCAGGGUUCCAAGAAGGCCCCAGUGCACAGAUGGGCCCAGCCAUAGCCCAGCAGCCCUACCCUGGCACAUACACCAUCAUCCAGCCCUCCGUGGUGGUGGUGGGGGGCUGCCCAGCCUGCAGAGUGGGCGUGCUGGAGGAUGACUUCACCUGCCUGGGGAUCAUGUGUGCCGUCUUCUUCUUCCCCCUGGGGAUCCUCUUCUGCUUGGCACUGCGCCAGAGGAGAUGCCCCAACUGUGGCGCCACCUUCGGGUAGAAGGACCAACCUGUAGCUCGUCCUCUCAGCCCAGCUGGAUCUUAUAACUUUGUUGUUUAUAAUUAUUACACACUGAGAAUGCCAGGUAUUUUCUAUACAACAAUUAAGUAGUCGCCACAAUGAACUUCUAGCCAGCCAUUAAUUCUGAUAUGAUAGAGGUGCAUGUGAAAACCUACAUUUGUAUAUGGUAGAAUAUACUUUGGUAGUAUUAUCUAGUGAAGAAGCCUGAUCUUUGUCCAUUACUGCUGGUGCCUUUAUUACGCUAUAGAGCAGAAAACAGACAGGGGCCAUAUUCCACAAAGCGUAUCAGAAAAUAUCCUGGAUCCUGUUUUAAGACAACAAAAAGCUCCCAGCUCAGAGUAGGUUUUAUGAGGAUAAGUUACUGCUCAGACAGACUCUGAACCAGGAGAAAAAUCAACUCAAAAGUUUCUCCGUUGGUAAUCACCACAGUUUGAGGUACCGCAAAAGAAGGAUAGUGAUGAUGCUCAUUGACAUUGUUGCAAAUGAUGAGGAAUAACCAAUCAGGACGAGGCACUGAGAGCUGUACAACACGCUUCAGACAACUACAGGGAAUGUUUCAGUGGUAAAACGUGUGAUAUCAUCUGCCGGACACCAUCACUUUGUCUACUUUUUAAUUUGUUUAAUAUGUUUUAAUAUGUUGCUUUGCAUAUGUUUAGAAUAAUGUGAUGGGAAUAUUGAAUCAGUUUGACAGUUAAAAUAUGAACGUUAUGUCAGCACUCUUCUGUUCAACACAUCUAAAGGCAUCAAGUCACUUGCUGAUAAUGUUGCAUAAAGCUUUUCAAAAAGGUCUAGUUUUACCCAACACAAAGUUAAUAUAGGCUGUAGAUGUCCAACCCAUAGACACGGCUAGUUUUACCCAACACAAAGUUAAUAUAGGCUGUAGAUGUCCAACCCAUAGACACGGCUAGUUUUACCCAACACAAAGUUAAUAUAGGCUGUAGAUGUCCAACCCAUAGACACGGCUAGUUUUACCCAACACAAAGUUAAUAUAGGCUGUAGAUGUCCAACCCAUAGACACGGCUAGUUUUACCCAACACAAAGUUAAUAUAGGCUGUAGAUGUCCAACCCAUAGACACGGCUAGUUUUACCCAACACAAAGUUAAUAUAGGCUGUAGAUGCCCAACCCAUAGACACGGCUAGUUUUACCCAACACAAAGUUAAUAUAGGCUGUAGAUGUCCAACCCAUAGACACGGCUAGUUUUACCCAACACAAAGUUAAUAUAGGCUGUAGAUGUCCAACCCAUAGACACGGCUAGUUUUACCCAACACAAAGUUAAUAUAGGCUGUAGAUGUCCAACCCAUAGACACGGCUAGUUUUACCCAACACAAAGUUAUUAUAGGCUGUAGAUGUCCAACCCAUAGACACGGCUAGUUUUACCCAACACAAAGUUAAUAUAGGCUGUAGAUGUCCAACCCAUAGACACGGCUAGUUUUAAUGUGAUAUUGCGCUCCAAAGGGAUAACUUUAAAUGACAUGUAGGUUCAUGAAAUAAUUGAAAGAGAACUGUGUGAUGGUUUAUUAGCCUAGUGGUUGUAAGUAUUAAGGCUGUCAUGUGAAUGAAGCCUUGUGAAAUCAUUGUCCAAAGUACAAGGUGUACAUUAUUAUGGGUUGAUCGUAUAGAAACAUUCUUUCAACUCCAAAGCAACAGUCUGUCUAUGGUGCAGGAAGCACUGCCUUUUUCUAUGACCAAGACACCUGUUGGUAACUAAGCUGGUUAGGACAGCUCACGGGGUCUCCUAAAUAUCUCUUGACUAGGUGGGGGACUGUUAUGACUAAAGAAGCUUCCUGCAUAGCUUUUAUUGUUACCCAUAAGAGUUGGAGUGAAAUGUCUCUUAGCACCUACGACCAAAUGUUUUACUCUGAGAUGCUUUGUGGAUACGGCCCCAGGGCGCAUAUUCAACAAGUGCAUCCGAGUAGGAGAUCUAGGAUCAGGUCCUCCCUGUCCAUAUAAACCUUGUGCAUUAUGAUUUAAAAGCCAAACUGAUCCUAGAGGCUCUUUGUGAUAUAGGCCCAGAAAGGGAUUGUGAUCAUUAUGUGGCUCAAGAUGUGGAUCAAUAACAAAUAAUUUACUUGAUAGAAUUCCUUUGUUUUGUCAUGUCCAAUCAAACGGAGGCACAAGUAGAUUUUGUGCUCAACGUUAAAUUCCAAUUGCACCACACCUGGGAAUUGUUCAGUUCUGCCACUUCUGAAGCGCUUUCUGUUUCAUGUAGUCACAUUUUAGGAUUAAUUCUGUAUUUUUUAAAGGAUACUCAUCACUUUGGGAAAUGGUUCGUCACUAUACAGGUAUAUGACUAUAAGGAAAUGACCCAUGGAGCGAGAGCCUCUUUAAGCAACCCUUUUGAACCUCUGUUUUGAAGCCUUUGAGAAUGCUGCCCCCACUCAGUCUGGGCCAUAGUCGCAGAGAAUAUCUUUUCCCAGCUCGACUCUGGCUGGGGGAGGGUUUUUAAACGUAACACUGAGACAUCAGCUGUCCCGAACUGAGACAUGGAAAAUUUGUCAUUGAGCUGUUGUCUGUUCUGGUUUCUUUCUAUUCUGGGGCCAUGUCAUAUUUUCACAGGUAUGAUUCUGAUUGAUGGCUUUUAUAUAGGUCUGCAGACCUCAGUGUUUCUUAUUGGGCAAAACCAGGUAGUCCCUCCCUGUUUCAGUCCAUUUUCUACCGUUUGCUGCCUAAUGAAUAGGGGUCUCUGUUCCAGUAUCCUUUAAUGUCACUAUAGCAUACCACUUAGAAUGCAUGCCCAAUAAAAAUGUACGUUCUAA